GCUGCGGUGGCCGCGGGAGUCUGAGAAUGCAAAGUGCCAUGUUCCUGGCUGUCCAGCACGACUGCGUACCCAUGGACAAGAGUGCAGGCAACGGCCCCAAGGUCGAGGAGAAGCGGGAGAAAAUGAAGCGGACACUCUUAAAGGAUUGGAAGACCCGUUUGAGCUACUUCUUGCAGAAUUCCUCUACUCCUGGGAAGCCCAAAACUGGCAAGAAAAGCAAACAGCAGACUUUUAUCAAGCCUUCUCCUGAGGAAGCGCAGCUCUGGGCAGAAGCAUUUGAUGAACUGCUGGCCAGUAAAUAUGGGCUUGCUGCAUUCAGGGCAUUUUUAAAGUCCGAGUUCUGUGAAGAAAACAUUGAAUUCUGGUUGGCUUGUGAAGACUUCAAAAAAACCAAAUCACCCCAAAAACUGUCCUCAAAAGCAAGGAAAAUAUACACCGACUUCAUAGAGAAGGAAGCUCCCAAAGAGAUAAACAUUGACUUCCAAACAAAAACUCUGAUUGCCCAAAAUAUCCAAGAGGCUACAAGUGGCUGCUUCACCACGGCUCAGAAGAGGGUGUACAGCUUGAUGGAGAACAAUUCUUAUCCUCGAUUCUUGGAGUCAGAAUUCUACCAGGACUUAUGUAAAAAGCCACAGAUCACCACAGAGCCCCAUGCUACAUGAGACCAGGAGUCCCCCCACCACAUAAAGGACAUUCCAUUCUGUCUCCCAAGAGCAAAGGCUGUGACCUGCCAGGAAAAAAAAAAAAAAAAAAAAACUGACCUUGAAUUCAGCCUGAGUGUUAGGAAAACAUCGCUCAGAACUAUUGAUUCAAUGUUGGGUAGUGAAUCAGGAAGCCAGCAACCUAGGAGAGGCUCUGUGUGAGAAUGGCUUCCCUUGCUGUGUGAAGAACAGAGGGAGGGAACAAGCUUCUGAAUGUGUUCUUCCUCCUAGUCGGGAAAGCAGGGUUUGAGAUGGAAGAUCCGAUGGAAUGUUGGAGCUUUUAAAAUCAAUAGGUCUGGGAUUAUGUGGCCUUAGCUAGCUGGCUGUACACCUUCCCCUAAACUAGUCCAUGUUACCACAUAGUGGUGUUAGUUCUAGUUUUAAUAUUUUAGUACUAAGUAACAUUAUAAUGUUUACUGUGUGCAAGGGUGUUGACGUUCUUAGGACUACAAAUCAUUAGUACUAGUGUGUCACGUAUCACUGAAACUGAGAAGUAUGUUUGCGUUGUUAAAUGGUGUGUGUGAUGGACCGAAUGCUGUGCCGUGCUGUAGAACCAGCAUCUGUUACGAGUGCCAAAAACUGUCUUGCGGGCAGCUAAACUUUGAAGUGGUUUUUGAAUACUUUUAAUAAAUUUAUUUUGCUAAAUAAUGUCAUUGAACA